AAACAAACUGUUUCCUGAGUCUACAGUUAGGAAUAUUAUGUAUCAGAUCCUGCAGGGGCUUGCAUUUAUUCAUAAGCAUGGGUUCUUUCAUAGAGACUUGAAACCUGAAAACCUCCUUUGCAUGGGACCAGAACUUGUGAAAAUAGCAGACUUUGGCUUAGCCCGAGAAAUCCGAUCUAGACCUCCUUACACUGAUUAUGUAUCUACAAGAUGGUACAGGGCUCCUGAAGUCCUUCUGAGAUCCACCAGCUAUAGUUCUCCAAUAGAUAUUUGGGCUGUUGGUUGUAUAAUGGCAGAAGUUUACACACUGAGGCCUCUCUUCCCAGGCGCCAGUGAAAUUGAUACUAUAUUCAAGAUUUGCCAGGUGUUGGGGACACCAAAGAAGAACGACUGGCCUGAAGGCUACCAACUUUCAGCCUCCAUGAAUUUUCGCUGGCCUCAGUGCGUACCUAACAACCUAAAAACCCUCAUACCUAAUGCUGGUAGUGAAGCGGUGCAGCUCAUGAGAGACAUGCUGCAGUGGGACCCCAAAAAGCGGCCAACAGCUAGUCAGGCACUUCGAUAUCCGUACUUCCGGGUUGGGCAUGCCCUGGGUGUUCAGGAACUGGGAAAACAGAAGGAACUGCAUAAUAAAUCGUCUCUGCAUAUUAAGCCUGUCCCUCCAGCACAACCCCCUCCGAAACCUCACGCCCGCAUUUCGUCAAGGCCUUUUCAACAGAGCCAGUCUUCUCAGCACUUGGUGUACCCAUAUAAGACAGACAACUCUGGGGCUGAGCACAGUAACUAUUUACAGGAGGACAAGGCUAACCAGGUUCUUCUGCCUGCAAUUCACAAUAAGGUUCCUCAGCAG